GUGCGCUCCCGCUCACGGCCCGGCGUCGGGAGCGCGCUCUGUGUGGCCGCUGCCGCCAUGUUGUUGUGGUUGUGAGAAGGCGGCGGCAGCGGCGGCGGAGGAGCCCCCGGACGAGACGUUCCAGCGGCCCAGGGGCUGCCCCCCGCACGCCCAGGCUGGGAGCCUAGUGGGGUGGCGGAGGAGGCCGUGUCGUGGCGGGCCUCGCCAUGUCCCUCCGCCUGAAUCCUUGCUCAGGACCGGCUACAUAAUUUGCAGGGUCUCUUGUUCAAAAAGUAUUAAGAACUUCAAGAUCGCUGCAGCACAGCAAUAAACCAAAUGUGGAGCCCUAUGGGACUGCACAGGUCGCAUGCUCAUGAAGCUGGUCCUGUCCUGGUUAUUCUGUUCAGUUCUUCAACAGGGACUUUGUUGAAUUGAAGAUGGUGUUCGGGUCAAGACAGUCUCUGGUCUUUUUGGCCACUUAAUAAUCUUGAGGAGAACUGCUUCGAAAGAGUAGAUUUCCUUGUGAAUCCUAGUAGAAAAAGAUUUUGGGACAGACUUCAUUUGAUCUCAGCAUAAGAGAAAGAAGAGCCUUAUCAGACUUAAGAAGGGACGGAGAUCUUUCCUCCUAAUCUGGACCUCCUGUCAUGGAUGAAGAGAUUCGGCACAGUCUUGAAUGCAUCCAGGCCAAUCAGAUCUUUCCCAGGAAGCAGCUGAUCCGGGAGGAUGAGAAUCUUCAGGUUCCUUUCCUUGAACUUCAUGGAGAGAGCACAGAGUACGUGGGCCGUGCUGAGGAUGCCAUUAUUGCCCUUUCUAAUUACAGACUUCACAUCAAGUUCAAGGAGUCUCUUGUUAAUACUGCUUCUCAAUCUGCUGCUUCUCAAAUCCCAGUUCCGUUACAACUUAUAGAAAGUGUUGAAUGCCGAGAUAUAUUUCAGCUUCAUUUGACCUGCAAAGACUGCAAAGUUAUCAGGUGUCAGUUCUCAACCUUUGAGCAGUGUCAAGAGUGGCUGAAGAGACUGAACAAUGCAAUAAGACCACCUGCUAAAAUAGAAGAUCUCUUCUCAUUUGCGUACCAUGCUUGGUGUAUGGAGGUCUAUGCCAGUGAAAAAGAGCAACAUGGAGACCUGUGCAGACCAGGGGAGCAUGUAACGUCAAGGUUUAAAAAUGAAGUGGAGAGAAUGGGUUUUGAUAUGAACAACGCCUGGAGGAUUUCCAACAUCAAUGAGAAGUACAAGUUAUGUGGUAGCUAUCCACAAGAGCUCAUAGUGCCUGCCUGGAUCACUGACAAAGAACUAGAAAGUGUAGCAAGCUUCAGGUCCUGGAAGCGCAUCCCAGUUGUCAUCUACAGGCACCAGAGCAAUGGAGCUGUAAUUGCCCGCUGUGGGCAGCCGGAGGUCAGCUGGUGGGGCUGGCGCAAUGCAGAUGAUGAGCACCUGGUACAGUCAGUAGCCAAAGCUUGUGCUUCCGACUCCCGAUCCAGUGGCAGCAAGCUGUCAACUAGAAACAGUUCUCGAGACUUUCCCAAUGGAGGAGACCUUUCUGAUGUGGAGUUUGAUUCUUCUCUGUCAAAUGCUUCAGGAGCAGAGAGUUUAGCCAUCCAACCACGGAAGCUUUUGAUCUUGGAUGCACGUUCCUAUGCAGCAGCUGUGGCAAACCGAGCCAAGGGAGGAGGCUGUGAAUGCCCAGAGUAUUACCCGAACUGUGAAGUUGUGUUUAUGGGGAUGGCAAACAUUCAUUCUAUUCGGAGGAGUUUUCAGUCUCUGCGGUUGCUGUGCACACAGAUGCCAGACCCGGGAAAUUGGCUCUCAGCUCUUGAAAGCACAAAAUGGCUCCAUCACCUGUCUGUGCUUCUGAAAUCGGCACUUCUGGUAGUACAUGCUGUGGAUCGUGAUCAGCGCCCAGUGCUAGUGCACUGUUCAGAUGGCUGGGACCGCACCCCCCAGAUUGUGGCGUUGGCUAAGCUCUUACUGGACCCUUAUUACCGAACCAUAGAGGGUUUCCAGGUCCUUGUGGAAAUGGAGUGGCUGGAUUUUGGCCAUAAAUUUGCUGACCGGUGUGGUCAUGGGGAGAACUCGGAUGAUCUGAACGAGCGUUGCCCAGUGUUUCUGCAGUGGCUUGACUGCGUUCAUCAGCUUCAGAGGCAAUUUCCUUGCUCUUUUGAGUUCAAUGAAGCAUUCCUUGUGAAACUGGUGCAGCAUACCUAUUCCUGCCUCUUUGGAACAUUCCUGUGCAACAAUGCCAAGGAGAGAGGGGAAAAGCAUACUCAAGAGCGGACAUGUUCUGUGUGGUCGCUUCUUCGGGCAGGCAACAAGGCUUUCAAAAACCUACUGUAUUCCUCUCAAUCAGAAGCCGUGCUGUACCCUGUGUGCCAUGUGCGUAACCUGAUGUUAUGGAGUGCAGUGUACCUGCCUUGCCCGUCCCCAUCUACUCCUGUAGAUGACAGCUGUGCGCCAUACCCAGUGCCGGGCACCAGCCCUGAUGAUCCCCCACUGAGCCGGCUACCAAAGACUAGAUCAUUUGACAAUCUGACCACAACUUGUGACAACACAGUUCCUCUGGCCAGCAGGCGCAGCAGCGACCCCAGCCUGAAUGAGAAGUGGCAGGAGCACCGACGCUCGCUAGAACUGAGUAGCCUGGCUGGCCCUGGAGAGGAGCCUCUUGCUGCCGACAGCCCGGGGAAGCCCACCAAAGUGCUGGCGGGUGCCGAGUUGUCUGUUGCAGCUGGAGUGGCUGAGGGGCAGAUGGAGAACAUUUUGCAAGAGGCCACCAAAGAAGAGAGUGGGGUAGAGGAGCCUGCCCACAGGGGGGGCAUUGAGAUGCUAGAGGUCAAAGAGGAGGUGCUCUCAGAAAAGGAGAGCAGGAGGAGGAUGCCCGAGGGCUCAGCCAUUGUACUUUACCAUGAACCAGAGCUGGAAGAUGGUGCUCUGAGGAGCCAUCCAGGCACCAGCCUGUCUCUGUUCUCACAGGGAAUUCCUGAACAGCAGGCUGGGUAUAGUGUUCUCCUCAGUUCUCUCCAGGCUGCCCCCAGGGGAGAAGAUUCCCAGGAGGUCUCUGUGGAGCGGCAUCAGAUAGGAGAGAUCACAGAGGAUAGGGAGGAAGCAGUUCUCCCAAUCCCAGUAGAUGCGAAAGUUGGUUAUGGUACCUCACAGUCAAGCUCUCUGCUACCUUCCCAAGUCCCAUUUGAGACCAGAGGACCAAACGUGGACAGUUCCAUGGACGUGUUAAUGGAAGACAAGGUGAAGUCAGAAAGUGGGCCUCAAGUCCAUCAUAGACCUUGCCUGGUAAACAGUGGCAGGUUCAGUGGCAAGGACAUGCUUCCCCAAGCCAUGGAGCUCAGGCCUUUGGGGAGGAGCCUGGUUGAGAGGCCCCAAGUAGAGUCUGUGGUGCACAGGACUUCCCCUGACAGCACUCUCAGCCUGGCACAUUCCCCCUGUGCCUUGCCUUUAGCCGAAUGUAAAGAGGGGCUUGUGUGCAACGGUGCCCCAGAGACUGAAAACAAGGUGUCAGAGCAGCCCCCAGGGCUUAGCAUCCUCCAGAAGUACCCCACACCCAAUGGGCAUUGCGCCAAUGGGGAGGCUGGUAGGAGCACAGACUCACUGAGCUGCCAGUUGUCUGCUACAAGCUGUAGCUCUGCCCACUUACACUCGAGGAACUUGCACCACAAGUGGCUGCACAGCCACUCAGGGAGGCCAUCCACAACCAGCAGCCCGGACCAGCCUUCCCGCAGCCACCUGGACGAUGAUGGCAUGCCUGUGUACACGGACACAAUCCAACAGCGCCUGCGACAGAUUGAGUCAGGCCACCAGCAGGAAGUGGAGACCUUGAAGAAACAAGUCCAGGAGCUGAAGAGUCGCCUAGAGAGCCAGUACCUGACCAGCUCCCUACGCUUCAAUGGGGACUUUGGGGAUGAAGUGACUUCAAUCCCUGACUCGGAAAGCAAUCUGGAUCAGAACUGUUUGUCUCGCUGCAGCACAGAGAUUUUCUCUGAAGCCAGCUGGGAGCAGGUGGAUAAACAGGACACGGAGAUGACCCGUUGGCUUCCUGACCACCUGGCUGCCCACUGCUACGCGUGCGACAGUGCCUUCUGGCUCGCCAGCAGGAAGCACCACUGCAGGGACAUUGACCGUGUUGAUCAAACGUGGAAUUGUGGGAACGUAUUCUGCUCCAGUUGUUGUAACCAGAAGGUUCCGGUUCCCAGCCAGCAGCUCUUUGAACCCAGUCGAGUGUGCAAGUCUUGCUAUAGCAGCCUACAUCCCACAAGCUCCAGCAUUGACCUUGAACUGGAUAAACCCAUUGCUGCCACUUCAAACUGAAGCCCAGUGACCUGGGGUGGGCAAAGGCCAAGCUGCUGUUCUUCUGACAGGUUCACAAAGCUUGGGCAGACCGAGAGGCCCUGCACUUUGGAAUGGGGUCAUGAAACCACCUAUACAGAGUGACAGAAGUUUGGGAUGUACCACUGGAUUGUAGAUUGAUUCUCCUCACCCCCCAUCCCCAAUCCUCCCUCUGCCUUCAAAAAAGAACAAAGUCCUCUGGUUGUCUUAAAAAAAAAUUUUUUUUUUUUUUUUUUUUUUUGAUGGAAGACCAGAGGUUGCAAGCCCCCUUGUAACUGCCAAGCUGCCUGCUGUCAGGUGACGCUGAGGGAUGUCUUGGUUCUUCCGGGUGGGAGGAGGUUGGUCAGAGCCAGGAGUGGAGGCCUGAGACAGUGAGCAGGGAAGAAAGCCAGUGCUAACACUUGUGACUAUUCCUCAUGCCACCACAUCAGAGCUGGUUGGGAAAUCUUUGCUGUUGGGGAGGCUGGAAGCAUCUUCCCCCAAAGCACUGCUCCCUCCUGAGAAGAGCUGAGUCAGUCCCACCUCACAGAUAAAUGGGAUUGGCAUUUGGAGGGAGGGGUACACAGUAAAUGGAACCCCCCCCAGGAAGGAAGGCAUAUGCUCCUUUGAGGCAGGUGAAAGGGGCUGGGAGUGGGUGGCCAGCAUGUUGUUCCCCUUGGAAUUCUGUUUUUAACUUGACCCAGAUUGUCUAAGUCUCCCUUCACUUUAAGGGGGCUGCCUCCCUGGGCCAGGCUGUGUAGUGCUUCCCACCCUCAGGCAUAAGAGUGCACACCAGCCAAAAGACAGUGUCUUGCUGCUGUGGCCAAUGCCAAAGCCUGCCCUGAGCCCAGGCAUACCUGGGAGCCCUUUCUAGGGCCUGGUCCCCCAAACAGUCUCUCUGCCUUGGCCAGCACAGGGAAAUCCAGACUCAGGGUUCCAAAAAUUCCCUAUUCCCAAACCAAACAAAUCAUGGAUCUCACCCUUAAGGGGUACAAUCAGCCUUUCUCCUCCUUCCCUUCUUGGGGCAGCAGGAAGGGCCCAACAGUCCCCCCGCCCUGCUCCUGGCUGACUGGGCUCGUGUCUGGCUGCUGGCCAGCAGUGAAGGGCCACUUGGUGACUGCAGGGCUCCUUAGAGGAGUGACAUGGCCUAGAGGAGAUUUGGGGCACCUUCCCUCAGUGAACUUUGUGGUCCAAAAAGAGCCUUAAAUCAAGAAUAUUUGUGGUGAUGGUAGGUGUGGGUAAGGGUGGAGAGGAGUUUAGGUUUGUUUUGUAAUCUUGGCAUCCAUGUUUUGUGCCUGCCCUCCUUCGGGAAGGGCCCUGCUUGGCUCUGCUGAAAGCUGCUAACUGGUGACAGGGUGGAUCAUGGUGAGGCAUGGGGGUGAGGUCAGGGACCCCCUUAAGUUCUGAUCCUGCCCUGUGCUCCCCUUCCCCAUUGGAAGUGGUUCCCUGGCCAAGGGCAAGUUGUGUCUCAGGAAGGUGGCUCCUGUGUGUGCCUGAGUGUGGUUAAGGCGUGGCCCAGAAGCCUUCCCUGGUGCUGUCCAGGCAAAGCCCAGAGCAUCUGAGCGCGUCUCGUUCAGUGGCAGCAGGUUGCUCAGAAUUUGCGUUUAGUGAAACAGGGUGUAGUUCUUCUCCACACACUGUGUGGUCUGGUCGUGCAGGUAGGGAAAGUUGGUCUAAUUGAAGAUUGUUCAGUUCCUAGUGACAGGUGCCAAGAGGUUCUGAUACGGGUUUCUUGGGUCUGAUGUACAGUGUGAAUAAAUGCUUGCAGCUCUUAGCCCUUUUUUGAUCAGUGAAGCACUUUUUUAUUAAGAUUUUUCUUUGUAUGUAAAGGAGGAACCGUAACUCUCCGUAGCUGUACAUAUAAUCCUUUUCUCUUAAAGAGGAGUCAAGUCAGUGCUCCUAUAUUUUUCAUUUUUUGUCGAAACAAGAAGUAAAUACUUUAGAUUGUUAAAUAUAUAAAUAAAGUGAAUAAAGUUGAGUGAUCUGCAUGGUAGCGUUUGCAAACACAUUCUCAUUCUUUGAUUUUGCCCUGUGGUUUAUCUCCUCUUUAUCCCUUUUCCCUCUUGCAUAGGAGAAGUGGUUUGAGGUGCUGCUGGGAAGCUGACCUUUGGCAAGUGAAAAGUACAGAUUUCUUUUUGACUCUAGCCCUUGGCAAGGAGCCUCACCAUGAUGCCCAAGAACUAAAAAAACAUUUCCUUAAUGAUUUUGCCCUAAGAUCUCCCAUGCUAAAAAAGAGCAAAGCAAUCAGGCAUCUUAACAAUCAGGUGUUCUUCCUCAUCUGAAGAGUUGUGCAUCAGUAGUAAUUAAGACUACCUCUGGCCUCUAGGCUCCUUUUUUUCUGCUGACUUCAGGGCAGCCAGUGCUUUGUCCCUUUCACUCCCAGCUGCAGCUGCAUGCACAGUGCAGUUAGGAACAGAGCCCUGCCUGCAGUGGGGAGCGGAAGGAGGUUGGGAGAGUAGGGGACGGUUAGAAAACUCUUCUGCCUGUCGUUCCUGGAUGAUAAAAUCUGGGUAAGCACAGACAGCUGGUUGUGAUUGGAUUUUGUGCCCAAGUAGCGGUCUCCUCUCCCUCCCUCCACACAGGCAGGAAUCUGUGCUACUUAGAUCUUUGACUUCUGCUUCCAACUGAGCGAGGCCGUGGCAUCUAGCCACCUUUGGACUAGUUCUUGCUCUUCACAGGGGUCUGUGGAUGAGAUCUAUUAUGCAGUUCUUCCCUCAGGAAGGUUGGUGUCGAGUGGCACCUUGCUGUGGAGUUGCAAGCCCAACAUCCAUGGUGAGUUGGUUGGGCUCUAAAAAAAGACCUGCCCAGAGCCCCUCUGAAAGCUUAACUCUUUGCGGCAGUCUCUCAAGGGUCACUUUCUGGAUGUACUGUCUACCUAAAGUACACAGGCACUUAAAAACAGCUCAGCUAGUUCCAGUCUGAAAGCUGUGAGUGCUAUCCAGCAGGUAUUUGAGAAUAAGCUUGUCCUCUGGGAGGAGAAUGCCACCUCAGCUGCCUUCAGUCUACCUGGGAGCCCAGUUUGUGUGUUCAGACUAAGUUGUGAAAAACCUGAGUGUGUGUCAUAGCCACUGUGUGUUUACAUGUAGCCACUAUUGUUCCUGAGGUUCAGUGGUUUAGCCCUCAGCAAGUUAAAACAAUCAGGGGCCCAUAAAUAGGGAGCUGCUGGGGGUAGGAAGAUGAAGAGCUAGGAUGCUGGUGAGCCCUGCACAGUGUGAAUGGAAGGCAAGGAGUUGCCCUGUGGGAGAUGGCUACACAUGGAGAAAGCAGUUCUCCUGGGCAAGGCCAGCUUUCUGCAGGCUGUCAUGUGGGGGAAUUUGGUCUAAAGCAAAGGGAUACUAACAGUAACCUUGAGCUGCCAGGAAUGUCCUCUUCAUCGCUGAACUUUCUUACCCUGGUCCUCUCACAGUACCUCCCUUCUUUCAUACUUUGGCCUCCUUCACGCCAGUCCCCAAAAAAUGGUAUGGCUGCCUUAAUCCAUGGGGAUUUUCUAGUGAGGAUGUACAGAAAAAAAUUUUUCUAGUGAUUAUGCUAAUAUGCUCAGUUACUUUCCAUGUUAGCAAAGAAUAUUCUAAGAAUUAAAAAGGUACUGUGAUAGAUCUAAAGGAGAAUGAACAAAAUGGUGCCAGAGGAUCUCUGGCUGUUAAAAAAUAUCAAAAUGGGAAUUGAAGGUAUAAGAUUAUGGGCUAUUAUCCUUGAGAUAGCUGAUAAUACUUGGCUGCUUGCACAUGAGGCUAGGAGAUCCCAUUCCUAUUGAAGUUAACUCUAGCCCUGACCUCUAUUGAUCUUUUGAGUAUGAGGGCUGAUUUGAAGGUGCGUUGCAGGAUUUCAUUUAGCUGGUGCCUGAUCAAGUGACCUGUCCCCAGGGCUGCAGCUGUACCCACCUGAUUGCAUUAGCUGAGGAUAGGGCUAACAGCAGAGUUAAAAAUGAACCGUGGGCUGUGGAGCAAAAUGACUCUCCAUUUGGAGUUUUAGAAAACCUGGCAGAAUUCUCAGCUGUUUAAUUUCUAGUCACAUUUUCAAGGAGGUUGUGGUGAGUCAAGGUUAUAGGAUUUCUCAAGGGCAGGACCAGAAUGUUUGAAAGGCUUCUAGUUAGGAGUAGGAGGUGACCCUUCUAAGCCUCUGACACUUAAACUUAAAUCCUGCUGUCCCCACACAUGAAUGAAGCCUUGUUCCUCGUGGCUGGUGUAGAGUUCAUCUGCUGCGUGUUCUGCACAGAUGUCAGUUGCCUCCUGCUCGAACAGGCCUAUGCUAGGCUAGGCAGGUGUUCAGAGGCAAGAGAAGCAGGGGCAGGGGUAUCAUCUGAAAUGGGAAUUACAGAGUUUUAAAUGCUGCUAUUUGAUUUACCAUUUAAGGUCUUUUCUAUUCAAGUUCUUAGUCGACUUUUUUUUACAGUGCUCAUAGAGUUGCAUUUGAAUUGUAUUUUCAGUGAAAUUUGUUUUACAUUGGCAUUUAAAAUUGGCCUUUAACUGCUUCCCAACUGGUUUGUAAGAUGUUUUUAAAAAUGAAAACAACCCGUGAGGCUCAGAUGCUGUUUAAGAAAUGUACCGUGUGUUGCUGCUGACAGUAGUGCUUGCCUAUUGUAACAGCAUUGGUUCUGCUGUAGCCUCAGUGACCAUCUAAACUGAAUAAAUGUGUCAUUUUUAUCCACAAA